UCACAACAGAACCACAAGAAAUUAAAAAAGAAAUCAAAAAACAUUUUGAAGAAUGGACAAAGAGUAACCCCAUGAACAACAACUACUGGAAAGAAUGGAUAGAACAAUACACGCCACAAAAAAGAAUAAAUAAGUUAUGA